AUGGUGUAUACGGGAUUUGGCCUAGAACAAAUAAGUCCACCUCAAAAGAAGCCCUAUAAUGAAUUAACUCCCGAGGAACAGGGAGAGCGAGGUGCAGAAAUGAUUAUGAACUUCAUGACUUCAUGUCCCGGAAAAUCAGUAAUAAGUGGUGUAACGGGGUUCGCGCUUGGUGGUGUCUUAGGUCUAUUUAUGGCAUCCAUGGCUUAUGACACACCACUUCAUACGCCUACUCCAGCCAAUACGGCUGCAACUACAGCUACGGCUUCAGGAAACGUGGGUGUGGGCGGGAUAUCAAGGACCGUUCAGCAAAUAUCUGACUUACCAUUCAAACAACAAAUGAAACUCCAGUUUACCGAUAUGGGUAAGAAAUCAUACUCCAGUGCUAAAAACUUUGGUUAUAUUGGUAUGAUAUAUGCUGGUGUAGAGUGUGUGAUAGAAUCGAUUAGGGCCAAAAACGAUAUUUACAACGGUGUAACAGCAGGUUUUUUCACUGGCGCUGGAUUAGCGUAUAAAGCUGGACCACAGGCUGCUUUAAUGGGUGGUGCUGGUUUUGCUGCCUUUUCGGCUGCAAUUGAUACGUACAUGAAGAGCGAAGAUGGUAGGCCACCUCGAAAUGAUUUUAAAGAAUAA